CCAUCGCUACUCAAACACACAAAAUCUACAGUCAUCUGAAUUUCCCUUUGCCUUCCCAUUUUCUCUUCCCACUUUAAUUUUUCUCUCUCUCUAAUGGAGCCUUCUCCUCCGUCGUCCGUUAUCAUCAUCGGCGCCGGCGUCUCCGGUUUAUCGGCGGCGAAGGUUUUGGCUGAGAAUGGAAUUGGGGAUUUGUUGAUCUUAGAAGCGUCUGAUAGAAUUGGCGGUAGGAUCCGGAAAGAGAAGUUCGGAGACGUCUCGGUGGAGCUGGGAGCGGGUUGGAUUGCCGGUGUAGGUGGCAAAGAGUCCAACCCGGUUUGGGAGAUUGCCGCGAAGCUUGGCCUCCGAACCUGUUUCUCUGACUACAGCAAUGCCCGCUAUAACAUCUACGAUCGGAGCGGGAAGAUAUUUCCAAGUGGAAUCGCCGCCGACUCGUACAAGAAGGCGGUGGACUCAGCGAUUCAGAAACUAAAGGGCCUCGAGUCAAACUGUGUGGAAGAUGCCACCAAUAGAACCGACUUUACUUUAACACCGAAGACACCAAUAGAGCUCGCAAUUGACUUUAUAUUACACGAUUUUGAGAUGGCAGAGGUGGAGCCAAUAUCAACUUACGUAGAUUUUGGGGAAAGAGAGUUUUUGGUGGCAGAUGAAAGAGGUUAUGAAUAUUUACUGUAUAAAAUGGCCGAGGAAUUUCUGUUUACCUCGGAGGGUAAAAUCCUGGACAAUCGCCUCAAACUGAACAAGGUUGUUAGGGAAUUACAGCACUCGAGAAACGGCGUCACGGUGAGAACAGAGGAUGGUUGCGUUUUCGAAGCCGACUACGUGAUUUUGUCUGCUAGCAUUGGUGUUCUUCAAAGCGACCUCAUUUCCUUCAGGCCACCCUUGCCCAGGUGGAAAACGGAAGCCAUAGAGAAAUGUGAUGUGAUGGUGUAUACCAAGAUCUUCCUCAAGUUUCCGUAUAAGUUCUGGCCCUGUGGGCCUGGAAAAGAGUUCUUUAUCUAUGCUCACGAGAGGAGAGGCUAUUACACGUUUUGGCAGCACAUGGAGAAUGCAUACCCUGGUUCGAAUAUUUUGGUUGUAACGUUGACGAACGAUGAAUCAAAGCGUGUGGAAUCUCAAUCCGAUGAAGAGACAUUGAAGGAAGCUAUGGUUGUGCUUAGGGACAUGUUCGGGUCUGACAUACCCGAUGCCACUGAUAUACUUGUUCCCCGCUGGUGGAAUAACAGGUUCCAGCGUUGCAGCUACAGCAACUACCCUAUGAUAUCUAAUAACCAAGUCAUUAAUGAUAUUAAGGCCCCAGUGGGACGCAUUUUCUUUACUGGUGAACACACGAGUGAAAGAUUUAAUGGCUAUGUACAUGGUGGACACCUUGCAGGCAUUGACACAAGUAAGGCAGUGCUGGAAGAAAUGAGAAAAGAUGAAAGACAGAAAGGCAAACAGAACCAAAAUUUCUUGUUAGAGCCCUUGUUAGCAUUGACUCUGACACAGGCGGAUGCAGUCUCAGGUCUCCACAAAUGUGAUGUUCCUACACAAUUGUAUCUCAGCGGCAAGCUCGGCAUUCCGGAAGCGAUCUUGUGACUAUAUGGACUGGACUUUGACGACUUCAACAAUACCAAAAUCAUGAAGAAUGAGAAGGAUGGUUUGGAACCCCUUAACACAAUCCACAAGGUGAAAUGAGAAAAGAGAAAUGGAAAAGUUGCCUAAAGUGGGAAGUUCCACGGCUCCGCAAUCCAUAUUGUAUCAGUUGUGAGAAAUGAUAGAUAAAGCAAAAUGAAAAAGAAAGAAAUCACAUGCUGUAUUCUAAUUGUACUUAAAAGAAAAACCCAGGAUUUUUAUUUCUAUCUUAAUACUAUGAUUAACUUAGGUAUUUGUCAAAUAAAGCCUUGGCUAUAGUAAGGAAA